AUGGACAAUUCGAAGGAUCUAUUCUUUUUGUCUCGGCUACCAGACCUCAUCAACUUUGACGAUGAUCGCGUGAUACUCUGUGCCUUUUCUGGUAGCUUUAAUGCAACGAUCGACAUGCUGCGCGAGAGGCGCCGGCCUAGCUUGCGUGUACGAAGCGACAUGGAUCCACUUAAUCCGCGUUUGCUGCGUCCUUCAACCGGCGUGGACACCGGCGCAGCCUCCUCGACACUACCACUCUCCUCACUAGCACCAGCCAUUGCACUUAACUGCAGCACAAAUAUGCAAAAAGCAACGUCAACAUUCACAUCUCCAACAUAA